UUGUAGGCAAGGAGAAAUUAAAAUCAAUUUUUUUGAUAGAAAUAAAAAUGAAACCAAUGAAGACUUCCUGGGCCGAUGAGGUGGAGGCGGAUUACGUGGAUGGCCUGCCACCUUCAAAGGAGUACACUCAGGGCAACUUGAAAUUUGUGGCCGAGUACAAGUACAACGAGGACGGCAAGAAGGUGAAGGUGGUCCGCACCUAUAAAAUUCAGAAGCAGACCGUGCCCAAGGUCGUGGCGCGCCGUCGCAACUGGUCGAAGUUCGGGGACUCCCUUCUGGACAAGCCGGGUCCCUGCUCGCAGACCACAAUGGUCGCCGAGGAGGUUCACAUGGUCUUCAUAAGUUCCAAGGAGCUCGAGCAGGCCCAGGCCCAAGAACCUCAGGUGGAGCCGGGAAAGAACAUCGCAAGGUGCCGCAUCUGCAAUGGCGAGCACUGGUCCGUGAACUGCCCCUACAAGGGCACAUCCAUGGACAGUAAGACUUUGAUGGAGAGCAAGGCCACAGCGGCGGCUGCCGCUGCCGUCAGCGAUGCUUCAAAAACGGGAAAGUAUGUGUCGCCGUUCCUCAAGGAGGGCGGAUGCGCGAUCGGUGGCGGUAUCGGUAUCGGGGCCAAGCCCUGGGUCCGCGAGCGCUCGGCUGUGCGCAUUUCCAACCUGUCCGAGUCGAUGACCGAGGCCGAUCUGGAGGAGCUGGUGAAGAAGAUCGGACCCCACACCAAGUUGUACCUGGCACGCGAGAAGAACACUGGUCUUUGCAAGGGAUUCGCCUACGUGCACUUCAAGUUCCGCCAGGAUGCCGCUGCCGCCAUCGAGAUUCUCAACGGCCAUGGCUACGAUCACUUGAUCCUCUGCGUGGAGUGGUCCAAGCCACAGCCCUAAAGGCAAUCGCCAUUAAAUUUAAUUUAAUUUCAUACAUUUUCCCUCUCUCUGUUGAGUCGAGCUGAGGCCACACCGCAAAAGAAAUCGAAAUAAAAUAUAUGUAUCGUCCAGAGA